UCCAUCCAUCCCCCGCCAGUCCUCGUCCAUCAUGUCCAGCAGCGGCUCCUCCAGCCUGGUCCUCGCCCAGAAGGCGGUCAAGCAGCUCCGCCUGGAGGCCAGCGUCCGCCGGAUCAAGGUGUCGCAGGCUGCUGCCGAACUGAAGAGCUUCUGUCUGCAGAACGCUCACAGAGACCCCCUCCUGACGGGGGUCCCCUCCAGCGAUAACCCCUUCAGGCCUCCCAAGUCCUGUGUGCUGCUCUGAGGCGUCAGCGGUGCUGCCUGCCCUCGUCAAAUGAUCUUUUUCCUUCCAGGCCUGUGAAGGGCCCAACACUAAAGUGCCUGUGGAUUCUCCCAACACACACCCAUCUCCCGCUCAUCGGCCCGACUUGCACUCUCACCGAGUCCCGCAGCUUCCCCAUGAACGUCCUCCCCCCGGGUGCAGAGUCUGGCCAGCGUUUCAAGCUCCCGUCAGCAGCACCAGCCGUCUCAUCAGCCGUCUCAUCAGCCGUCUCAUCAGCCGUCUCAUCAGCCGUCUCACCAGCGCAGGGAGCUGAGCCCUCAGACACUCUGGACCUCACCUACAUCUGAACUGCAUCUGAGCUGCAGAGCAGCCACUCGCUUUCAUCGUUCAAAUCCCAACUUAAAACACACCGGUCCAAACUGGCUUUUUUUUUUAUUGUGCACUUCGAG